AUGAGGUCGCAAGGAUGUUCAAACAAGGAGCUAGCAAAGUUACUUCUCGAGGCGGAAAUUGAGGACAUGAACAGAGUCGGCAAGCGCAGAAAGGACCCCGGAAGCGAGGCGAGGAAUCCGUUGUGGUGUGAGUACCACAACUUAGAGGGCCAUAACACCACCGACUGUUUCAUGCUGAAGGGUCAAAUCAGGCAAUUGAUCAGGGCGAGACGGCUGCAAGCGGCGAAGGGGAAGGAAUUUGAAGAAGCUGAUAGCGGCGAGGGCAGAGGAACAAUUGAAGCAACGAACACGAUCGCUGGAGGUUUCGAGGUUUGCAGCGACGUAUUGACGGCGGGCCGGGGAACAGUGGUGGCGACAACAUUGGUACAGGUGUAUCCAGGUCCAUUUGAGUGCCCACAUCCAGACAUAGUGAUGUCGACUGCGGAUUUCAAAGGAAUCAAGGCCCAUACGGACGAUCCGUUAGUAGCAAUGGUAAAAGUAAAGGGUUUCAAUGUGCAGAGGGUGCUUUUAGACCAGGGCAGCUCGGCAGAUAUAAUCUAUGAGGACGCAUUCAGACAGAUGGGGCUGACAGACAAGGAUUUAAAGCCAUACACGGGAAGUUUGGUAGGUUUCUCCGGGAAGCAAGUUCAGGUACGUGGCUACGUAGAGUUGGAUACAGUUUUCGGAGUGAGCGAGAACGCCGAGCUCUUAAGGAUAAAAUAUCUAGUCCUACGAGUUGCGGCAUCUUAUAACGUCAUAAUAGGGCGAGGUACCUUAAAUCGCCUCCAUGCAGUGAUAUCUACGGCCCACCUGGCGGUAAAGUAUCCCCUACUUUGCGGAAGGAUAGUGAAACUGGCAGUAGACCAAAAGGGGGCGAGGAAGUGUCAUAGCCAUUGCCUCAACCUGUAUGGCAGAAAAGGAGCUGGCGACGGACACAGGUGCCAUGAGAUUGGGACAUCUGAAGGCGGUGAAAGCGGACAAGAGCGUUUGGGAGCACAGAGCCAGAGCGAUGGUGACGGAAGGAAGGGGAAGAAUCAGGGCGAAGAAUCCUGUAAGAUAGGGGCAGGCAAGCUCUACGCUCAAAAAGAUAAUGAGUGGUAUGGCGAGAACUGA